AUGGACACCGAACUCUCCUUACUUUCCGGGCAGCCAUCAGAGAAUCAGAGCGACAACUAUGCCGAGUCUCUGGCACCGUCGACACCACCUGCAGUGACCACACAAAGCCCCCCACCGCGAAAAGAAAGCAAUUCGUGGAAAUCAAGAGUGCAGAAUGGUUGGCUAUUGGAAGCAAUCUCGACCUCGUUUAGCAACCUAUGCUUCAUCGCCUUAUGCAGCGUCCUACUCGCAUACGAUGAUGAACAACGUCCGGCUCUAGUCUCACUCAACUUUGUGGUCUCCGUUCUAGGCACCGCUUGCAAGUCCUCGCUCAUCCUUGCAAUCGCGGAAGCACUAAGCCAGUGGAAAUGGCUGUCACUUUCCAGGAAACCCACUCGAUUGCUGAGACUCCAUGAGCUGGAUAAUGCGAGUCGCGGCCCGCUUGGUUCGGCGAUCCUCCUGUUCAGCCGCAACAACCACAUGCUCGUCCAUGUUGGGGCUGCUGUUCUCAUUCUCCUCCUUGGGUUCGAUCCCUUCAUUCAGCAGAUCCUCACCUACCCGAUGCGACUUACCGAACGAAUUGGCGGUAAUGAUCGCGCCUUAGUUGGGCAGGCGAGAUACGGUGGCCCGAAUACUAUCAAUUCGACGUAUACGCCCAGCUGGGAGACAGCCUACCACAGGGCUAUGUGGGCAGAUGACUUCGAGAUCCGCCCGUCCUGCCCGUCGGGGAACUGUACAUGGUCUACAUUCCAGACUGUCGGAUACUGUAGCCGUUGCACCGAUAGAACAGCAGAGGCUAGCCUGGUGUUCAAUGAGCAGCCGGUCCAAGCGACUGUCUCAGGCACGGAAACGUGGACACGGUGUCAAGUGGCCUUACCGGGGGUUCAGGAAGAGGCCAUUAUCUGGAGUACCCCCUUUAGCACAUUGUGGUCUCCUACCCCAGACGGAGACACUUUCUUGGUUUUCGACCUUGAGAACCCCAUGUUUGGCCUUGCACAUGCACAGCUUCGCACUAAUGAGACCCUCAUGCAGUCAGGUGCAGAACCAUCCAAGGCACUCUUUGUGCAAAAUGUGACUGAGUGCCGCUUAUCAUUGUGUCUAUGGGAAUACAGUGUCUCUGUUGCCAACUCUGCUCUCUCGGUCACUGCUGCAGCGGUAGAUCAUGGCCAGACCUUUUACGCGGAUGACAAUCACCAGACGGUCUGCUGGGUACCAGAAGGGGCUGGUUCAACAGAGACGCCCGCCCGUACAGUGAUUCCUACUGAGCCCUCCCUCCUAUUGAAUACCACUGGUCUUCGCACUUGUGGCCUUUACCAUCUCAGGACCGAUGACUUCGCGGCAAUGCGCGAGGUUGUGCUGACUCGGCCCACAAAUGCCACAAACGGUACCAGAUGGGAGAUUCACUCUUGGUAUGGCGAUGACAACCCCAACUUUGAACGCAUCCAAGCUCUCGGACUCGAAACCCUCAUGACGAGACUUGCCCGCUCCCUCACCGAGACACUCAUCGACGACAGCAACUACACCAUCCCAGACAAAGUCUGGGACCCCGAGCCUUUCGUAAAAGUGCGCUGGCCCUGGCUCAUCCCGCCCGCAAUUUUAGUUCUGACAGGCAACGUCUUCUUUGCCCUGACCGUUUACACCAGCAAAAAGGAAAAGGUCCUUCCGUGGAAGUCCUCCAGUCUAGCCCUUUUUUACCACGGACUCGAGAGUGUGGACCAUGACGAUUACCUCUAUACUACUGCGAGUAGGAUGGAGGAGAAGGCCGGGGUGGUUGAUAUUCGGCUGGGACUGUCGGACCAGGAUGGGCGGUAA